GGGAAAAGGAAGCAGCGUGUUCAGAGAGUUCCUGCUCCCACCCGGGCUGAUUUCAGGCCACAGCUGACGUCCCCAAGUGAGGAGCCGGGUGGGCCAGGCACCGUUAGUGUCCACCUGCCCGGCUGCCGUCACCAGGUUACCAUGGGUGAACAAACGGAGGGGCAGGGGACUGUGUGGGUGGGGUCUGCCUUUGGGGUGCUCAACCUUCACCCCCCAGAAGGCUUGUGGGGACAAAAGAGCUGGAGGCAUGCAUGGUAACCCUCAGCUCAGUGACUCUGGAGGGAACGUGCACAGUUCAGGGCCAGCUUUAAUCGCUGACCAGAGGCCCUGCCUGUGGAGCGGGGAGCUGGGACCCUUGAGUGCAGGGGCUGCUCAGAGAGCUGGGGCUGCGCAGGGCUGGGGCAGUGAUGGUGGCGGGCUUCCCGAUUGGGAGGGCGGUGGGGGGGGCGUCGCCAGUGGGGGCAGUACCGAGGCAGGAGGUCGGAACUGGCUGCUUCCGGGCCCAGAUCCGUCUGGCUGUGGGUCAGGGCUGAGUGGGGGGAGGCGGGGAGCUCCUCAGAUCUUCCGAUGUCAGGCUGGUGGGGGCGGGAGGGUUUGGCAUGAGCAUUUUGGGACCCCGGGGAAUAAAUAAUCCGUGACCCGCUCCAUCCUGUCCUGGGGGAGCCCAGGGGCAAGCUCGGGCAUGUGGGCCCCAGAGGGUUAGGGCUCAAGCUGAGCCCCUUCGGUCCUUGGGACCAUGGGGCUCUGGUCACCCUGAAGGGCUCACCCUGUUUGCUUGGAGCUGUGGUGAACGUGGGCAGGCCGGGCAGGCAGGCAGCCAGCCUCGGAGAGGAAUGUGCUGGGCGUGGCGACCGGCCAGAGAGGCAGGUGUGCGUGGGGGUCACCCUGGGUGUCUCCCCAGCCACACGCCGGGCAGGUUUGUGCACGGAGCCUCUGGGAGGGGCUGGGAUGCCCAGUGUUGAAACUCUUGCUUCCUGGUGUGGCUCGGGCAAAACCCCAGGCACCGCUGCGCCCAGAGACAUGUGAGGUCCCCUGAACAUGGGCUCGGUGCCCAGCCGUCCCUCCCAUCUGCUGCCCUCUCCCCAGUCGGCACAGCAUGUCUGCGGCCUAGAUGAACAGCACAGACUCCUGCCUCUCCUCUCAGUGAAAGGGAGAGUGCCAGCAGGGGACCUGUUCCAUGUGGCCAGGAAGGAGGAAGAGUGGUGGUGGGCCACGCGGCUGGACGCGGCGGGCAGGGCCCUGGGCCAGGGCUAUGUGCCCCACAACUACCUGGCCGAGAAGGAGACGGUGCAGUCUGAGCCGUGGUUCUUCGGACGCAUCUCCCGCUCGGAAGCCUUGUACUGGCUGCAGGCCAACGGCAAUGAGCAGGGGGCCUUCCUGGUGAGGGUCAGCGAGAAGCUGGGCGCUGACUACGUGCUCUCCGUGCGGGACCGGCAGACCGUACGGCAUUACAAGAUCUGGCAGUGGGCCGGCCGGCUGCACCUGCAUGAGGCCGUGUCCUUCUCCAGCCUGCCCGAGCUCGUGGACUACCACAGGACCCAGAGCCUGUCCCACGGCCUGAGGCUGGCCUUGCCCUGCAGGAAGCACCAGCCAGAGCCCCUGCCCCACUGUGCCAACUGGGAAAGACCCCGGGAGGAGUUCACGCUGUGCCGGAAGCUGGGGUCCGGCUACUUCGGGGAGGUCUUCGAGGGGCUCUGGAGAGACCAGGUCCGGGUGGCCAUUAAGGUGAUUGCCCGAGAUGACCUCCUGCACCAGCACACGUUCCAGGCGGAGGUCCAGGCCAUGAAAAAACUCCGGCACAAGCACAUCCUGGCGCUGUAUGCUGUGGCGUCUGUGGGGGACCCUGUGUACAUCAUCACGGAGCUCAUGGCCAAGGGGAGCCUGCUGGAGCUGCUGCGCGACUCUGAUGAGCAAGUCCUGCCUGUGUCGGAGCUGCUGGACAUCGCGUCGCAGGUGGCCGAGGGCAUGUGCUACCUGGAGUCACAGAACUACAUCCACCGGGACCUGGCUGCCAGGAACAUCCUUGUCGGGGAGAACAACAUCUGCAAAGUGGGGGACUUUGGGCUAGCUAGGCUCAUCAAGGAGGACGUCUACCUCUCCCACGCCCGCAACAUCCCCUACAAGUGGACAGCUCCUGAGGCACUCUCCCGAGGACACUACUCCAUCAAAUCUGACGUCUGGUCCUUUGGGAUUCUCCUCCAUGAGAUUUUCAGCAGGGGUCAGAUGCCCUAUGCAGGCAUGUCCAACCACGAGGCCUUCCUGAGGGUGGACUCAGGCUACCGCAUGCCCUGCCCCCCGGAGUGCCCGCCUACCGCAUACAAGCUCACGCUGUCGUGCUGGCAUAGGGACCCUGAGCAGAGGCCCUGCUUUAAGGUUCUGCGGGAGAAGCUUUCCACCUUCACCAGGUACGAGAACCCGCUCUAGCCGGGCCCGCCCUGCUGCUGCACUGGAGUUGGCAACAAGGCGCGGCAGCUCCCAAGCCAGGCGGGACACAGCUCCUCCGCUCCUCCAGCCAGGGCCGCUGUCCUGGGGCAGGGGACAUGCCCUCUGUGCUACGGGGGCUGGGGACGCCCCUCCAAAAUACCAGCUCCUGGGAAGUGCUCGUCUUCCCAGCAGACUCCAACUCUGGAACCUCCCAGGAACAGGGCCGCCCCUUUCCAAAGGGAGUGGACCCACCCCUGGUGCUGACUAAUGCUCACCAGCUCAGCUGGGACCCAGGAUGGGCCUCCUGGGCCGUGCAUAAUGGGGACUGGGCUUUGGCUGCACCCUCCCUGCCAUUUGGGCCACUUGCCCUCCAGACUUGGGGCUGGGCAUGGACUCCCCAGUAUGCUGCAGAUGGGCAGUUUGGUGGUGGGUCACUGCUGCCUGCUACCCUGGGGCCAAGGCAGCUGUCCAUCUUCCUGCCUCAGCAAUCAGCCGCUGUCAUCAGAGGAUCUGGGGGCCUUGUCUGGACACUGUGGCCAAAGACUGGAUGGGACUCAGGCUAUCCUUAGAGGCAACACCCCUCCACAAACCCCAGGUCCAUUUGAGGAGGUGGGAUCAAGGACCCCCUACCACCCAGCCUCAGCACUGACCACCAGCUUUGGGACUGCAGGGGGAGCCCGAGUGAGGUUGCCCCCACCCCGACUGGACACACUGAGGGCAGAGGACAGAGGCUGCCAUUCUUGGGGGGGUGGGGGGACACAAGCCUGCACUUGCCUUGGAACGGAUUCAUGUAGCUUUCUAUAGCAGAGUGAGGUUGGGGAGCAGGAGAGGGCUGCUCCCUCAGGCCAGCUGAGCCCCACCCAGUAGCCAGUGAAAGCCACUCCCCUCAAAGACCCCCCACCUCACACUAAGCUGCCCCCUCCUGGAGCCCUCAGCUGGCCAACAGACCUGGAUCAGUCUCUCUGUUGGGUCACUGGAGGCAAGUGGACACAAGGUGGCAGGCAGGUGACACAACCACCCUUCCCAGCUCCCAGAGUUGGACUUUGCUCGGAGCUGGGCUGCCUGUGGUGGGAAGGCCCCUCUGGAACACUUCUGCACUCCCUACCCCUCAACCUUAGUUUUGGGUGCCUGAGGCCACAGACCUGAUCCCCAAGGAUUAGGGUACUCAGCCCAGAGGAUAUCCUACAGGAGGCUAGAGGAGGUGACACCUUACAGGAAGGUGCCUGGGGACAGCAUGGCCCAGUGCUUGCCCUACACCGGAUGGGAGGGACAGCCUUUGUCCUGUCCCCCUACUUCCCUCCCUGAUGUCGAGGGGGGACUCAUCAAGGUCCUUCCAGGGGUCCUGGGUCCCCCAGCUGAUGGCUCCCAAACCCACAUCCAGGGGCCCAGCCUCCCAGUGGCCUAGAGAACUGACCUUAGUGGCCUGUCCAAUUCCUGGGCUGCCUGCUCUCUAGGCGCCCGCCACACUCAUUGGAGGAGCUCACUGGGGGGAUGUGAGCCAGGCCUCAGAGGCAGCCCCCCAACAAGGAGACUCAGGCAGGCCCAG